CCAUGGCACAUGUCAACAGCAGGACACGGCCCCGGGUUUGCUUCGGAGCGAAUUUGAGCUCAUCUGUUUUUCUCACAAUCUGCUUCUCUGCGUUACUUGACAGCGGCGAUGUCCUCACUUACAUGGUCGCUAUUACAACUCAUUUCAGACUUGUCAAAAUGAUGAUGCCUUCCGGAAAACCCAGGCUUCGCUCUUUCCCUCUGCCAUGGAAGACGGCCAGUGGUCUCAUAUUCCCGCCAAGGACUCCAAUGAAGUCCAUCUGCUCAAAUUUCCGUCGCUCAAUGAUCCGCCCGCCGAUGCCACUCUCUUCUCGCCUCGUUUGACUGAACAUCACGUUUUCGACGAGCGUUGGUCAAGCCCGCCAUUCUUUUCGGAUCAAGCAAUACGGAACUGGCGACAUAACCUUAGUUUUCCGUCUGGAUCGUCUCAAUAUCACAUUUCCGGAACCUCAGCGCAUGAGUCGAGCUCAGCGACUGUCUCCAGUUCACCCAUCUUCUCCGAAAGCGAGAACAGUGAUAACAGCAAGCGGUCUCUUCCUGUCGCCUAUUCUUCACCCCGGGGCGCUAUCCGCACAAAGUGGGCGAUGUGGGUCGGCAAUCUUCCUCCUGACGUCACACACGAAGAACUGCACAAGUUCUUCACUGCUCCUCCGUCGUUAUCGGCAGACAGCCUCCUUGGGAUCGCCGACCGUCUCAAUGGCGUAGUGUCCAUCAUCUCCCUGAGACGAUCCGCCUGCGCGUUCGUCAAUUACAAAACGGCCCGCUCACUCGAGAUCGCUCUUGUGCGAUUCCACGGCUCCUGCCUCCGCAAGGACUCUGUCAAGGCUUUGAUUUGUCGUGUUCAGGGGGAGUUCGACAACACCAUACCUAAUCCAGCCCCCGCCGACCCGCGACAGAUCACGGCAGAGCUAAAGGAUGAAGCGACAGGAUCUGAGGACGCGGUCCUGUCGGGCUCACUCGGCGACCACGGAAUCUUGAAACGGUUUUUCGUCAUGAAGUCCUUCUCCCAGCGGGAUCUAGACUUGAGCGUUGAAACAGGCUUGUGGGCUACUCAAAGACACAACGAGUUCUUUCUCGACCAGGCCUUUCGGACAGCCAAAGAGGUCUUUCUCGUCUUCAGCGUCAAUAAGAGCGGCAAUUUCUAUGGCUUCGCGAGAAUGACGAGUGUGCCUCAGCCUGAUAGCCCUCGUGUCGAGUGGUCGCAAACAGAGCAGAAUGCGCGCAAAAACAUUCAUCCCAAGGCUUCUGCGCCAGGUUUCUGGUGCCAGAGAUUGGCAAAGCAGGGCCACACCCACUGGGGCAAAGAGUUUGGUGUGCAGUGGAUGUGCACUAGACCUCUUCCAUUCGCCUACGCCGAUCGACUGGUCAAUCCCUGGAACAGAAACCGUAGGAUACAAGUAGCGAGGGAUGGCACAGAAAUCGAGCCCGGCGUUGGGCAGCAGUUGCUCGAAAUUUGGGCUGGACUGAAGUAAUCAGCGGUCGGAGAUACCGGGAAUGUGCCGAUAUCCGAGGCGGACAUUUUCGAGGGCGUGGGGUUUACAUAAUCUAGCCAUAGGCUGCCCAUUUGUACCGCACAAAAUCCG